AUGACCCAGCUUAAAAAGAAGGGAGAAAGCUCGACGCUAGCCGCGGCGGGAUCCUCUCACCCGGCGGAUGAGGCGAGCUUAUUGUUUCGCGGGAAAGUGGUCAGCCUAGUUUAUAACUACCGCACACUGGGUCACACGCAGGCACACAUCAAUCCGCUUGAAGAUGAACCGACGGCUAAUCCUCGCUUAUCGCCAGAUCAAUUUGGAAUUUCCCAAGCCGACUUAGAAAAGGAAGCUUCGACUCAAUUUUUCCGUCAGGGAGAGCCGAUGAAGCUAGGUCAUCUGAUCGAUGCUUUAGAGACCACCUACUCAGGUCAUAUCGGAUUUGAGUUCAUGCAUAUCCACGCCACGGAUGUCCGCCAUUGGAUUCGGCAACGUAUCGAGGAUCGAGUGCCGCAGCAGCCCCGCAGUGCAGAUGAAAAAAAGAGUGCUUUACGCUGGAUCAUGGAAUCCGAGCUAUUCGAAAAUUUUAUUGGAAAAAAAUUCCUUGGAGAAAAACGCUUCUCACUCGAAGGCGGCGAAGGAUUGAUGGUCUUGCUCAAUCGCCUCCUGCACCAAUGCCCGUCACAUGACGUGAAGGAAAUAGAAAUGGGAAUGGCGCAUCGAGGUCGCCUGAAUGUGCUGGCCCACUUUGUGCAAAAAUCGCUAACCACUCUCCUUUACGAAUUCACUCCCAACUACGUGCAAGACCUCGUGGCGGGAGAUGGCGACGUGAAAUAUCACCUCGGUUAUGAGAAAGUGCGUGAGCUCCCAGAUGGUGAAGUCAGGGUGAGUUUGGCCGCAAACCCGAGCCACCUUGAAGCCGUAAAUGCUGUGGUUGAAGGGAAGGCGCGCGCGCGCCAGCGCAUGAUCGGUGACGAUGGAUCGAAGACUGACCGCAAGCAAGUUUUGCCCUUGCUCAUCCAUGGCGAUGCCGCUUUUGCGGGGCAGGGGCCGGUGGCUGAAGUCUUGAAUCUCUCUCAGCUCGGCGGUUACCGCACAGGUGGAACGAUUCACCUCAUCGUCAAUAACCAGAUUGGUUUUACCACGAUGCCUUCCGAUGCGCGUUCUUCUUCCUAUGCCACGGACGUGGCUAAAAUGAUCGAGGCUCCCAUUUUGCACGUCAAUGGUGAGAAGCCGGAGGAGCUUCUCUGGGCCGCAGAAUUCGCCAUGGAAUUCCGUCAAAAAUGGGGACGUGAUAUUGUCAUCGAUAUGUAUUGUUACCGUCGCCAAGGACACAACGAGACCGAUCAGGCGGCCUUCACACAGCCACAUAUUUACCGCAAAAUUAAUGCCAAAAAACCACUGGGGCAGCAGUAUCGUGAUGAACUGAUGGCCGAUGGCUCAAUGAGCGCCGCCGAAGGCCAAGCGCUCUAUGACGAGAUUUGGCAAGCCCUCGAAGAUGGACUGGAAAAAAUGCGUAAGCACGAGGCGGAUGGUGACCGUACCGUCUUCAGUGGCUCCACUGCCGAGGUCCAACCAGAAUACUCCCACACCCCAGUGAAAACGGGGGUCUCUUUAUCCGACUUCAACCAAAUUGGUAAAACCCUCACCACCAUCCCGGAAGGCUUCAAUCUCCAUCCGACCUUAGCGAAAAGAUUCGUCCCCAGGCGCACUGAAGCUUUGGAAAGCGGCAGUGGUUUUGACUGGGCCUUUGCCGAAGCCUUUGCCUUUGGCUCACUUUUGAAAGAGGGCUACCCCGUGCGCCUCUCCGGUCAGGAUUGCCGACGCGGAACCUUCAGUCAUCGACAUGCGGUCUUCUAUGACUUUGAGACUCGCGAGCGCUAUAUCCCGCUUCGUCAUCUGGCUGAAGAUCAGGCUAAGUUUUGCGUUUAUAACAGCCUCCUCUCCGAAGCGGCGGUCUUAGGCUUUGACUAUGGUUACUCAUUGGGUUGCCCGAACAUGCUCAUCCUUUGGGAAGCGCAAUUUGGUGAUUUUUCAAAUGGAGCGCAGGUCAUCAUAGAUCAGUUUAUUUCUUCCGCUGAAUCGAAAUGGCAGACACCAAGCUCGAUGGUUAUGCUACUUCCGCAUGGCUAUGAAGGAAUGGGACCCGAGCAUUCUAGUGCGCGACCUGAGCGUUUCCUCCAACUUUGUGCAGAGAAGAACAUGAUCGUCGGCAACUUCACCACGCCUGCGCAAUACUACCAUGCCUUACGCCGGCAAAAACAUGCGAAAGUCAAAAAGCCACUCAUUGUGAUGACUCCGAAAAGUUUGUUAACUCAGGCCAGUGCAGUUUCGAACUUAGAAGAUUUCCUCGACGACACCCAUUUCCAAGAAAUCAUUCCCGACAACUUUCCUUUUGAAAAUCUGGAUCACGUGAACCGCGUUAUUUUUUGCACGGGCAAGGUUUAUUAUGACCUCAUCACCUACCGGGAAGAGAAAAAAAUCAAGGAUGUUGCCAUCGUGCGCGUUGAGCAGCUUUAUCCCUUCGACCGCGAAGGAGUAAAGAGGGCCAUCGCGCCUUUCGGCGAUGAUUUUAAACCCGUCUGGUGUCAGGAAGAACCACUGAAUAUGGGAUAUUGGUCCUUCGUGCGCCCCCGCCUGCGUAAACUCCUGAACUCGCCAAUUCGUUACGCCGGUAGAGAUGCCGCCUCCAGCCCAGCCACCGGCUCUAAAGCCGUUCAUAAACGCGAGCAGAAGUCGCUCGUCGAAGAAGCCUUUUCAGCCUAA